AUCAUAUUUUGAUAUAAAUCAUAAUGUAUGAUUACCUACCUUCCCUGCACGGCAUCGUGACUUCAAAUACAAAUUUACAUUGAAAUACAGACAAUCAUCCAAGAGCUUUGGCUGUCAUCUCGCUUCGCUAUCGAUGCUCAGGUGACUGUCGACCCAGAGAUCGUCCGUCUGCAAUGUCUCUGUUUACGUACGGCGACUUUUGCUGCGAGGCGCCGCUGGCGGUCUCGUCUCCGCGCGGCUCCACGGAGGACCUGCGCUCGAUGCGCUGGCUGCUGACGGCCUGGCCGCCGGAGGCAGCCGCCGCGCCGCCGGCCGCCUCCGAGCGGCACCGGCUCAACGACACCAUCCUGUCGGCCAGCUCCGAGGACGGCGACACGGACGGACCAGAGCGCUGCCGACCGACGCCGCCCACAGCACCGCCCAGAGCUGCCUCACCGGCACAGCCUCCUCCGGCGCUGGCGGCCUUGUCGGCUCAGCUGCUAUCGCGUCCAUACUCAAAACUGGCGCCUGAGCCUCGCCCACAGCAGCCUCGCCCACAGCAGCCUCGCCCAGAGCAGCCUCGCCCAGAGCAGCUGGCGCCUGAGCCUGGCCCGCAGCAGCUGGCGCCUGAGCCUGGCCCGCAGCAGCUGGCGCCUGAGCCUGGCCCGCAGCAGCUGGCGCCUGAGCCUGGCCCGCAGCAGCUGGCGCCUGAGCCUCGCCCGCAGCAGCUGGCGUCUCAGCAUCGCCCACUGCCACCUCGCCCGCAGCAGCUGGCGCCUGAGCCUCGCCCGCAGCCACCUCGCCCACAGCAGCUGCCACCUCAGCCUGGCCGUCCGGUGCCGCGGUCAGUGACAGGUGGACAGAGGCGGGCUCCGUCUCCGCUGCCGGCGCCGCCCCGGCCCGACUUCGUCAACAGCCUGAUCACAGUGAGCGCCGAGACGCUGCGGCGCGUGUGCGGCGCCGGCGGCCGGCCGUGGCGCGCGCUGCCGCCCGUGGCCGUGCCGCUCACUGAGCAGCUGACGGCGUGUCGCGCCGUGGUGCCGCUGCGCCGGCUGGGCCCCGGCGAGCUGGGCCGCUGGCUGGCGCCCGGCCGCGCCGGCCGCCGGCCGACCCGCUCCGUCUCCGAGUCGCUGUCGACUCCGGCGCGCGCCCCGAUUGUCCGCGCUCGCUCCUGGACCGAGGCCGAGCUGACGAGCGGCGCCGCUGCCUGCCAGUCUGUAUGGCCGCCGGCCGCCGGUCGCGCGCUCGACUCUGCGCGCGGUGGCUGUGUCAGCGGGCCGCCGGCCGCCAGGAGCGGCACGGCCGAGCGGGCCGACAGCCGCCGUCUGUGGCCGGUGGUGGUGAGUCGCCGGGCGGCCGAGGAGGCGGCCAGGGCCGUCCUGGGACCGAGCAGGCGCCGCCGCCACCACAGCAGAGACAGGCAGUCGACCGGCCGGCACGGCCGCUGUGAGGCGCCGGCCGACGGCGGCGCUGGAGAUCACCGGCUGUUACCGUCAGCGCCACAGAACAAAGCCGCGGCCGAGCGGGAGGCCACUAGUCCCUUGAAGAAGAGGCCCAGAAAGCAUGACGGCUCUACGUGUCAUCAUGACUAUAAGUUGGCCACCGUGCAGGUGUCGGCAGGACCAGCAGUGCAGCGUGAGGAGGCGAAGACCAUGGAAAAGCCGGAGCCGUCGGAUAGACGCCGGACUGAGGUGGCGAGGGACUCAGUUUCGGCGUCUGCCAAAGCAGCCAAGGAGCCGGACACAACGCGAACAAAGAUCAGAGACAUCAAAACGAAAAGUGCAGCAGCAACAAAAGACAAGGACGAGCAUGCUAAAACGAAGAGAUCCAAAUCAUUGGAUUUGAAAGAGGAGGAUGAUAAAGCCAAAGGAUUCGCUGCCAUGGACAGACACCUCAAACACUCGGAAGGGAAAGGAGCGGCAGCAGCUGAGGAUAAGCCGGCGGGAGCUGUGAAGGCGAAGGAAGCCAAACGGUGUACCAAGCCCAGGACCCCGAUCUCCCUGUUUUACCCGCCUGACCAACUGAUUCCCACACCAGCCAGGCUGUGCGCGGAGCCGGCAGCGUGCCAGCCUCUCUCCAGGUCGGUGUCGGCGCCCGGUACGGCAGGCCGGGCGCAGCUGCCGGCGGCGGCCGGCACCGGCCCCACCAGCUGCUCCGCCCGAGACGCGCAGCGCCGGCACAGCUCACCGGCGCGGCCGCAGCAGCGCGCCGGUCACGUGACCAGCCGGCCCGCGGAGCCGGACUCGACGCGCCAGGCAGGACCGACGGAGCGGGACCCGACGCGCGAGGCAGGACCGACGGAGCGGGACUCGACGCACCAGGCAGGACUGACGGAGCCGGACCCGACGCGCCAGGCCCGGCCGCUCACUCCGAAUCGCAAGGAGACCGCCAAUCAGGAGGCGACAAACAGUUUUCUUCCGCAAUGGACCGCCCGGGACGGUGCAGCCGACCCAGCAGUCAGCGAGCGGCGCCCGGCGCCCGUACUGCCAGCGGUGCGCUCCGGCGCCAGCCCGGCUCCGGCUGUGACCGGCGCCGGGGCCGCCGUGCCCACCUCGGCGGCGGCGGCGGCGGCGGCGGCGCACCCGGAGCGGCCGGCCGCCUCCUCCAGCGGCGGCCUUCCCCCCGGCACCUCUCCGGCCGCUCCUCCAGCUCACCCCCGGGACCCGGACCGUGCUCUGGCCCCUCUCCCGGCUCCAGCGUCCGCCCAUGCUCCGAACAUCGCGGCGGCGGCCGCGCCGCCCCCGUCGGCCGUCCUGGCGCCGCUCACCGGCGCUGCCGGGCCGCGGACGCCGGACAAGUACCGCAGCUCCUCCGAUGACGAGGCAGCCGACUCGGACGGCGCGCCGAGCCGUCGGCUGCGCGGCGGCGCGGCACCGGCCGCCGGCUCGUCGCGCCAGCUGCGCGCACCCGCCGGCACAGCCGACGACAGCGGCGACUCCUGGUCCACGCCGGCGCACAGCGGCGACGACGAGCUCUCCAUCUUCGUGGCCGAGUCCGACAUGGAAUGGGAGGACCCUGGGCCGUCAGCGUGUGCCCAGAGAACGCCGGGAACAUCGUCUGGGCUGGCAGCGAACCGCUCGCCGUACACGGCGCCGCCCCGCUGGCCGCCCAGCCAGCCGGCUGCCCCGAACGGCGAUCCUGGUGACCAGGACACGGAUCAGCCGCUGCCGCCGCCGGCCGCCGCCGCCGCACCGUGCGGUGACUCGGUCCCGCCGCCGAUGGCCAGCGCUGAGCUCGAGGAGGGCGAGAUUCCGCCCGACUGCCAGUCACAGGACGACAGUCCGCCCGACGAGCACGCGCCGGCCGCCGAGUCGGGUAGCGGCACGCACCAGCUGCCGGCUCCGGGCGUGCUGCGCACCCGACUGCGGCGGCUGGCGGCUGACGGCGAGCACCCAGCGGCGCUGCAGCUGGUCCGGGCCGCCUGCGAGCGGUCCAUGCACGAGCCCGGGCCGCUGCUCAGCCCCGGGUGCCUGGCCUCGCUGUACGACGUGGUGGUGCAGGCGUGUGUGCUGGCCGGCGAGCCGGCCGCUGCUCUGCAGAUGAUCGCCGACCUGCGCUCGGUCGGCAUACGCAGUUCAGAGCUGUUCCACAACAUCAUCAAGGCUCAGGCGCCGGCGGCCUGGCUGUCGGCGCCGCUGUCGGACCUGCUGUCGGCUCUGGUGGCCGGCAGGGUGGAGCUGCCACCCGCCACCUGGCGCCAGCUGCUGCAGCUCUGCGUUCACUCGCACGCCGCCCACCCCACCUGGAUGACUCUGGGAAGAAUGAUGGAUGUGGGAGUGAUGCCGCCGCCGGCGCUGGUGGAGCGGGCGCUGCGGAUCGCGCAGGCCGACUCCGACCACCUGCUCGGCAAGAGCGGCUGGCUGCUGGUGCGCCACGUGCGCCUGCUCACCGACGUCCGGCCAGUCGCCAGGUAA